CUGAGCAGAAAACAGAGGAGAGCUCAGGGAAAGAGCAACCUGCGAGGUAAAGCCGCUGAAAGAAAGGAAAAUAGCGCACUUAUCCUCUCUUAAAGAAUAUUAACAAUUGAUUUUGAAAAUGUUUGUUCUUCUUUUUAUGUAUUUUUUUCAGAGCUGAGGGUGAAUUAUUUUAUGAAAAGGAUUCGUCUUUUUGCUCCCAAAGCUAAAGAAAUCCGAGGACUACAGAAGUGGAAGGAGGGGGUGGUGGGUCUCCUUUCACAUUUUGUACCAGCCUUGUUUCGCAGGUUUCAUUUUCUGCUCGAGACUGGUAUUCGUUGAACUGAGCCGGAAGAAUUUUUUGCAGUUUCAUUUUUUUAUUUGCUGUAUUUUCUUUUUUCAAACAGAAAAGGAGGAUAUUCUUCUGUGGAAGGUUUUAUGUGUUUUUUUUUGGCUUUUUGCAUUAAUACUCAGUACAGUAUACUGUGAAAAAGGGAGAUUUUAAAUGGAUUUUAAUUGAUCUUUUGCACAAACGUGUGUUUCCUUAUUAAAUGAACAUAUAAAUUAGAGGUGAGAAAAAAAACCCUCGAUAUUUGUUCAGCUUGAAGUUUUCCUGCAUUGAAAGCAGGCGUUCUGCUUUUAGAAAGCAACAGUAGUAUCUGCUGAAGUCUAAAAGUAAUACCUUAAAUUUGGGAGGUGUGACUUUGGCUAUUCCUUCAUCUGUAACGCAUUUAAAAUGACGAACAUAAAAGGCUUUUUUUAAUUUGCUCUUUUUUAAUCAUGUAUUUUGUUUCUCAACCAGUAGGCUAAAAUUCUGGAUAUUUUCUUUUUUCACUGCUUACUGUCAUUUUCUUGGUAAAUUUAUCGGCUGCUGUAUUAAUUUCAACAUAUUGUCAGAGGUACUGGAGGUGCUUUCUUAACAUAACCUUAGCUGCUGUUUUAAGGUGAAGUCAAAAUGGCACUACCAGAUAAUGCCAGUUGUGGCCUGCCAGGAGAAGAAUCUGGUUUUCCUGAAAUAAUUGAAUUAAAUGUCGGUGGGCAAGUGUACAUUACUCGUUACUCCACUCUUACAAGUGUUCCAGACUCCCUGCUUUGGGAGAUGUUCAGCCGAAAGAACGUCAAGACUCUUGCUAGGGACUCAAAAGGCCGUUUCUUUGUGGACCGAGAUGGAUUCUUGUUCCGUUACAUUCUAGAUUACAUGCGGGAUCAGCAGUUGGUGCUCCCUGAUCACUUUCCUGAACGCAGUCGUUUGCAGAGAGAAGCUGAAUAUUUUAUACUGCCAGAGCUGGUGAAAAUGCUUACCCCUAAAAUAAGUAAGCAAAACUCCAUUGGUGAUGAUGCCUGCCAAAGUGACCCAGAAGAGUCUUCACCCAAUGCAGAUACAGCUAGGAACAUUGCAUCGUUGGGUUCUAUGGCAUGUUCAAGUUUAACACCAGGAGUUGGUUCUGAAUCACGACGUUCCGGCUUCAUCACUAUUGGGUACCGUGGCUCCUAUACUUUGGGGCGUGACAGUCAGACUGAUGCCAAAUUCAGACGUGUAGCCCGGAUCAUGGUUUGUGGCAAAACCUCUCUAGCUAAAGAAGUUUUUGGCGAUACCUUGAAUGAAAGCCGUGACCCAGAUCGCCCACCUGAGAGGUAUACUUCCCGUUACUACCUAAAAUUCACCUUCUUGGAGCAAGCCUUUGACAAGCUAGCUGAUGCUGGUUUUCAUAUGGUCGCCUGCAACUCCACGGGCACUUGUGCUUUUGCCCAUGAUCAAACUGAUGACAAAAUCUGGACCAGUUACACCGAAUAUGUUUUCUACCGUGAGUGAGCACAAAUAUUGUAUUUCCCAACCCAACCCACCCCGUCUUGAUUUUCGUGGUUACUGUGGUGGUUUCAUUGCAUUAGAAGUAGAACAUUUACCCUUGUGUAUCCCAGAGUCCCAUGUGGUACCCUUCUGCUUAAACUCAGCUUGCUCUGCUGGCAGCCAUCUAACUACUGACCAGCUGCUGCUUCUUCUAUCCUGUGAAGAGAAUUUAAAGUGACUCUUUUUUACGCUACAAUGUAUAUAUAUGCUAUAAAAGAUGCUUGUAGAUAUGAGGAUAAGUUAAAAAAGACUAUUCAUACAUAUUUCCCAGUAUUGUUUUCACUGCUGACCUUUUUCAGUGCAGCAAACACUAAAGGCAAUUAUCUUGUACAUAUUUUGACAUUUAAUUAUACCUGUGUAAAAACCUGACCACUCAGCUUUUGAAGUGCAGAUAAACAAAUCACCAUCUUGUAUUUUUAUAACUAAAGGUAUCAAAGAGGUUGAAAUGCACAGAUGAUCAAAAUAUAAGGUGACAAUUAUAGGCAUACCUCUAAAAGCCAUUACGAAUACAGAAUGUUAAGGACUCCUUUUAAAAUUGCAUGUUGCUGACAAAUGUGAAGAAUUACUGAUUAGUUCUUGCCAUCCUGUCAUAAAGUAAGCAAGAACCAACUACAUGGUAUAAAGUCAUAUGUUUUGUGGUAAUUAUGACACAUCAAUUUUAUGGCAUAAUCUACCAUGAAAAUACAAUUUGCCUGUUAAGUGUUUGCAGUGCCAGCAAUGCACAUUUGUGUAGACAAAUUUUCAAAAAAUUAUUUCCAAACUUUUUACUCAUUUUCAUGUCUAUCUAUCUAUCUAUCUAUCUAUCUAUCUAUCUAUCUAUCUAUCUAUCUAUCUAUCUAUCGUGACUUUUCAUAUAUAUUAAAAAGCUAAAGAAGGAUACGUUAAGACUUUGUGUCAAAACUGUUAUGUUUAAAUUAUAAAAAUGAAUUGUUAAUUUUCACACUUGUAAAUCCAGAUUUCUUUUAACAAGUUGAACUGAAAAUAUGAAAGAAUAACAUCUGCUGCAAAGAAAUCUAAUAUUAUUGAGUUUAUUACAUUUUGAAAAAUGUAAUCCAAACUGUUAAUCAAUUUAUAAAGACCUUGUAAUGCUAUGAUAACUGAAAAACAGAAUUAAGCAUUCUUCACUUUUGUCUGAUUCACCUUAAAAUGUGUGUUUUAAUUUAGUUCACCAUGCUAUUUAAGUCUAAUCUUAAGCAGAAUGAUCCUCUUCACCUCAUAAGCUAAAGGAGUGAAGACAUAAAUAGCAUGUGAUGUUCUCUUAUCUAAUCUUGUACAACAUGCAAAAGAUAGCAGUGAUUUAUCACCUGUGUAUUUCUAAUGGCCAUGUUUAAAAUGGAAAUAGUUUAAAGACAUGUUAAGAUGUAGCAUAUGAACAGUUUUGAUUAAUGUCAAAAUAUACUAACAGUAAAAGUUAUCCUAUUAAGUAAAGAAUAUGCUCUUGUAAAAACCUCAUCUACUGUUCCUGCGCAAGCAUAUUAGCACAAAUCGUCUGUUUGAAAGUGCUGUAUUCAAUAGCACAUUUUAAAUAUAUUUUUAAUAUGUGACAUUAUGGCUAUUCCAGAGCAACCUGUAGCUGUAUUUUUACCAUUUGCUCAUGGAAAGUUUGUUUUUUAAUAUAUAUAUAUAUAUAUUUUUAAAAUGGUCAAUAGUUAGAAUUUACUGUAUUACAAGUUAUGUUUAUUUUUGGAACAAUGUGUUUUUAUAUGAUUUUUGAAACCAUUAAGUUACAUGUUUUAAUAUGUAAAAUUACUGUAUGUUUUAGAAUUAUUGACUUCCUUCCCUUUUUCAUUUCUAUACAGAUAAUGAAAAGUUGGUUCUUUCAGUGUUAUGCUAAGUUUCAUUCUAACUGAAUUAAUUUAUGUGUUAUGUACACAUUUUUCAUAUAUAGUACAUUGCCAAGAAAAAAAAGUACUCAGGACUGUAGAAAACAAAUAGAUAAUGGAUCUAUUGAUUUGCAUAUGAAAAAAAUCAGACCAAACAGCAGUUAUUAAAUUAUACUUAUAACCAUGCUACAUCUCUGAAAUUAGCAGUGCACAAAUUUGGUAGCAGAAAUUUAUAUUUUGCAUUACACAAGGAAGUGGCCUCUUUCUACAGCAUAAUUCAGUACCCACAUGGAUGGUGGCAAUGUGUUCAACGAAAAGCCAUAUGGUUGACAUGAUGAAAUGGUUCCCAAAAUAAACUUAGCUUUUGAGGUGGCUAAUUCUUUUGAAACAUGCAGUUUGUAAGGCAGGCAGGCAUAUCUGUGUUACUUCCAUUUGUUAUUUUUAUGUAAAACGAAUUUCAGCAGUGAAUACCCCAUACCUUGUCUACAGUACACUUGAUAACAUAUUUGGAAAACAUAACACAAGUAGGUUAAGUGUCUCACCUAUGGUCACACUGUGAAUUGGAGGUAGGGAUAUAACUGGGAACCUUGUGGUUUAAACUCCAGUGCCUUAGCCACUAGAGCACACUGUCUGUUCACUGAGAGUGAGAUACACAAAAACAUUUUUAUCAAUUGUAACUUAAAAGCCAAGUUUUUGAAAUUGAUAUUUAAUUAGUAGAAUGCACUGAAUUUACAGUAUGUCUUAUAUUGUAUGUUUUUAAAUAUUAAUAAAACUAGUUCAAAGAAAGGUACAUCUCUAACAAUAUACUUAAUUAUUUCACUGAUUUUAAUUUUAGCCAGAAUCUUAAACUAGUCACAGUUGCCUAACAAUAUUUAAUUAAUCUCUGAUUUAAAAAUUAAGCCAUAGUGAGAAAUUUAUCAUAGAUAUUAACAAUUGCUGUGACCUUUAGACCAUAGAAUUGUGUUUUGUUGGUUAUUUGCUUUUAAAAUCAUUUGUACAGCACAGGCAAUUGGCAAUAAUUUGAGAAUAGUGUACAUUUUAUUGAAAUACGUUUUUGCCUAAAAAUAUACUUUUACAUGUGUCAAGUGUAUUUAAUUUUUUUCUGAGCUAAUCAAUAUUUUAAGUACUUAUUUAAGACAAAAACGAUUUGAAACAUUGAUGCUGAAAAGAAACAACAUAGUUUUUCAUCUGUUUUGUAAAAAGCACAAUACUGUAUGUCUAACCUUGAAUCACUAUGGAGAUCAGUUAAAUGCAGGAGUUAUGAUCCAGUUAUGAAAUUAAUUAGAUCACAGAACUAAAAGUAAAAAUGGCAACACUUUUCUUUAAGUGCUCCAACACUGCACAUACUUGGUAAAAACCCUGGUUAAUUGCACUGUACCUAGGCAGUAUUAUUAUAUACUUACUGCAUAGCUUUUUUAGAAGUAUAGUUAUGUACAGAUUUCUCAUUCUUAUUCCAUACUUGAUUGCAUAAUUUUCUGUUGCACUUCUUGAGUUAUUAACUACAUAUUUAGUAAUAAUGCCUAGUUACAGUGUUCUUUGACAGGUAAUUACAUGGUAAUAAGAGACAAUGUAAAGUGCAGCUGGAAUAUACUACAUUUACUGAUUUGAUGUCUGCAUUUUAACAUGAUUACAAAAUAGAAAAAAAUGGUAAAUAUGUAAGACUACAGCAGUAGUUCUCAAGUUCUGUCCUGGAGUACCACUGUGGAGCAGAAUUUAAUUCAUAGCAGUAAGGAGUCACCUUUACUAAUUGAUCUAAUUAUUUAAUUAGCUGACUUCUUUCUUUUUGCAUUUUUACAUUUAGAAAAACACAGAAAUUUAAUUUUUUGCUGCAGUUUUAAACACAUACUUUGUUAUUCUUUUUUCUUUUUAGAUUUCCUUUUUCUGUUUCAUUUGCUGCUUUAUUCUGCAUAUAUUAAAAUAUUAACAAUUAAUGACAUGAUUUCAAAUAGCUAAAUACUAAAGGGGUUCAGCUACUUUAUUGUCAUUUUCCUUUGUGUGCCAAUAAAUAGGAAAAGGCUUAAGUCGAUGGUUCUCAAAUUCAGUCAUGGGGACCACUAUAACUGCAGGUGUUUUUCCAAUCUUCUACUUUAACUAGACUCCAUGCUUUAUUAAGCAAGCUGUUAUUUCUAGGUUUCUGACAUUUUUGCAUCAAGGAUUGCAAAAUGGGUUUGCUUAAUUGUUUAUUUCAUUACAGCAAGCAUUAAUGUAUUUUACACUGUGGUAAGUCAGUUUAGCUUUUCUUUCUUUUUAAGAUUUCACUCUUUUAAUAUACAGAUUAUUUAAAACAUUUUAUACUAAUAAGCACAUAAGUAAAUAUGGCACUGAGAAAACUGCUCAACUGUACUAUUUAAGUGAACCUGUGUCUGCAUUGCUCAUCACUGAUUGGCUUUAUGUGGAUUCAAUAAUGGCAGAAAACUCCAUAGAAAAAGGCGAAUUAAAAGACUAUGGUAAACAAAACUGAAGCACUUAAGCCAUGGCAAAAAGACAUAUUUCUGAAUGUAUUUUAUAUGUAAAUAUCAUACAAAUACAUUUUUAGUAAUGCAAUAUAAAUGAAGAAGACGAAAUGUAAGCCUGUUAAACAAUUAGAACAAAGACCAACCCAUUGAUUUGAGAAACUGGUUGGAAUGAAAACUUAAAGCUGCAGGUGUAUGCAGGACUGAACUUCAGAACCCAUUUUGAAAGAGGAAAUGAUUUGAUUCAGAAAUUACACAAAAGCAGCAGAAAAAACAUUUGAUUAAUAGAAAAUAUGGUCACCUAUUAACAUCCUUUUGACCAUAGUUUGCCUAAUGUAACUUAAACAUUCAUGCCGUUUGUUGAGUGUCAAAGAAGUGGCUGUACGACUAAUGUAUGGCAUUUUACCCUAUGUUCAUGCCAUAGGUGAUCACACCAGUUGGAAAAUAGAAAGGGCUCUGUAAAUUGCUUCUUAAAGUGUUACGCUCCCUGUGUGUUUCAAGCAACGCAGGAAACCUGACCUGUAAUUAUUAAAGGUGAGGUUCUUGCUCAUUAUAUGUACAGGGUACUUUAUAUGUCCCUCUACAUGCAUGUUAAAAGUAAAUGUAUCGGUAGAAGGAAUCUAAAAAAGGCAUUGCAUUACUUAAUUGGAAAAAUAAAAUCUCCAGAAUGUAUGUAUGUACGAGCUUGUAGCUAUAUAAACCUACAUCAUAUUUUCACAUUCUUUUUGUUAAAUGUUUGAAUAGAAUUUUGAAUUUUUCUUAUCCUUCACUUUAAAUCAGAUUUAAAGUAAGCUCUCUUUGGUUAUUAAUUUUAAGUCUCUCAACCUAAAUAGUAAAUGUCUUCCUAAAAAGCAGCCUCAUUAUACCUAAGCUUUUUAUUAUUCCCUCCAGUUAAGGAAGACAAAAUUUUGAGAAAAUACCUUAAGUGGUUUUUUUUUUAACAUAUGUGAUCUUGCAUAUAUCCCUUAGACAUAAAUGUACCCAAUUAUAGAAUGUUGUGGAAUUUCAAAGGGUUAAAAAUUAGGUAGGAAUUUGGGAACAUCACAAUUAUUGUGUUUUUGGAGGUAUAUUGUCUGUGAUUUACCUCAAACUGACUAAUGUGGUUAUUUCCCAUACAUAUUUCAGCUAUAUUUUUCAAUAUCUUUAUCGUACACACUGUGAGUAAAAUAAGCCUACUUGUAAAUAUUGUAAAAUUUUAGAUUUUCAUUUAUCACUGAUUAUGACGCUAUGUUUUGAACUGAUUUAAAGGCUUCUUCAGUUUUUGGAGUCUUGAAUUUGAAACCUUUAGUUUUCAAAGUCUUGAAAUUCAAAUGUGAAUGUUAAACAAAUGCAUGCACAGUAACUACGGAUCUGUAAAUAUAGAUAUUUGGUUGAUUAAUUGAUGUUAAGUCAAAAAGUCUGAGUCCACAAUUUUGCCAUUUGAAAUUAACUCAUAAUUUGGUCUUUUAGAUAAUGAAGUAAAAAUAAGCAUAUCUGAUAGAUGCAUCAUAUAUUCUUUGUAUGUGCCUACACAAGUCUUUACUUAAUAUAUUUACAGUAAAUUCUUGAAGUGUAAUUAGUAAUUCAAGUUUUUCAACACACCAAUAAAAACAAGAUAUCUUUUAGAGGGAAGUGUGUCAGUGAUGAAUAGUACAUAAUGAAGACUGUGUUUCACUGGCAUCUUGCUUGUUUAGUCUCUGUAUGUGUUUAAAAAAGUACCACAAAAAAUUGAGGUGUCUUUAAUAAAAGUUUGAGCAUGUUUCCAGAAAUUACAAUACAUUACUACAUAAAAGCACAAGUUCAUUUUAUUUAUAUUGGUGCCAUUUGUAUUUUUUUCCAUUAUAUAUUGCUUUAACAGAAUAAAUUACUUUGUUGGAAACAUUUUUAGUAUUUUUUAAAUAUAAUUUUUGUUUAUACAUCUGCCAAAAUAAAGGUUGACAGCUGCAAGGAAUUCUUGCCUUUUUAAAAACUUAUUGCAGAUACCAUAUCUGUUUAAAAAAAUUCUUAAGUGCAUGAAUGUGUGCCAAAUAGUCAAAUAGGACAUUGUUUGAUGUUUACGGCAUAGUGCACCUCAUGUGACCUGCAUAAAAAUGAAUAAAAAUAAAGCUAUUUUGUGAUGAAU